GAAUAAGAAAAAUUGAUGAAAGCGGUAGUACCCUUAAAACAUGGGGGUGUAGAUAGCCCUUCAAGCAAACACUGUAUUCAAUCGUGAAUCUGGGAACGGUGCUGAAGCUCGAUCGAUGGUCGCUGAAACUCACCGCACACGGUUGUACGAUGGAACUCUCCAUAUCUAGAACCACCAUAACAUCAUUCUUCUUCUUCUUCUUCUUCCUCUCUCAUUUUUCAUUCACCGUCGCUAUCAGAAAAGACAUUGGUUUCAAAUUCAUUCCUUUCUGUAAAAACACCGUUCAAGGCCGUUACCUUCUCUCCGAUAACAACGGUUAUGUAUGUAAUGCAAUUUCGGUUGAUUCAAAGUCUCGUUGUUGUCCACAAACUGGGAAGAAAUUCUCUUGUCAUGGAUGUAAUCUUCUAUCACAGUGUUGUAAUUCUUAUGAAUAUUGUGUUUCUUGCUGUCUUAAUCCUGGAUUGACAAGUAAGGAACAAGUGUUGAAGAUGAAGAUUGCUAAACCUUCUACUGCAAGGACUUAUGAAAGUGUUUUUGACUACUGUGCUGGGAGAUGCCGUCAUAGUUCUGAGAGUGUGGUUCAUGAAAAUGCUUAUCUUAGUGACUUCCACCACUGCUUUUCUCUGCCAUCAAAUUCUUCUGGGGUAAAUAGUACUCUCACCGAAGCAAGGCUGAAUGGCAUCAAUGUUGUUGUUGGGAGGCAAGGUGAAUCAUGUAAUUCAGUUUGCAAAUCAAGAGGACAAUCAUGUGUCCCGAAUAAACUCGUGGUGCUUAAUCAUUGUGACAUUAUACAGAAAUACAUGAGCUGCAAGGGAGGUUGCCUGGCAAGUGUAGGGACAGAUCAACCUGCUGAAGUUGUGUAUGAUGCCCCCAAGUAUCUGAAUCCAGGAUCAUGUUUAUACACUGAAACACAAUCUAUACUUUCUUGUGAUGGCUCACAUCAGCACACAAAGAGACUGUGUCCCUGUGCUUAGUGUUUGCCUGCACUGGAAGGACUGGUAUCGAAGUGGCAACUCUUGGUUUGUUGGUAUGGAAGGAGGAAACGCAUGCAAAGCAUCAACCUUUAAAAAUUUAAUGUACCAUCCAUCCGCCUUUAUGUUGUAAAAAUUUAGCUCAUCAGCUAUUCCAUUCACAGUCUGGAAAAACUACUUCAGGCUGCAUUUGGAAAAUUUAGAAAGAAUGAGAUAGAAAUACAAGAUAAAGAGAAUAGGCUAUAUGGGGGGAAAAAGGGUCACUUUCAUGUUUUAAUGGAUUAAUGAGAGAAAAAAUACAAAGAUAGAAUGUUGUAAGUUAAAUUUUAACACAGGUUGUUUAUGAUUUUUUUUAUUUUUCAAAAGAAACUAAAUUUAUGGAACAAAAUAAUAAA